AUGGCUAGCAGUCAGAACACAAGCGAUACAUCUUCAAGGCAGUAUGAAACAACGGAGCCUUCUCUUGAUGAAAACAUUGAUGCAUUGCUUGAGGAAGAAGAGACCUUAAUUACAGCACACAGAAAAGAGAUCGAGGAUACAAUGGAAAUAGUUCACGAGGAAAUGAAAUUACUAGCGAAGGUGGAUCGGCCAGGGAGCAUGAUUGACAACUAUGUUACACAGCUGAGCUUUGUGUUGUCCCGUAAAGCAGCUGGUCUUGUAAGUCUUCAAGCCCGUCUUGCUCGGUUCCAACACCGUCUGAAAGAACAGGAGAUACUUAGCCGGAAGAGAGUUCCGCGCUAG